UGCAAUGCGGUGUUUCCGCGGAAACACGAACCAAAGAAUUAUGAUUCAAAUGCCGUCAAAAACUUUUAAAAAAUGAUAGUGUGUGUAUCUUGGUGGUGCUCGUAAUAAAUUAAUUAUUCCAAUUUUUAACAGUGAUUGUUUUAAUAGUGUUUGUAUCGUAAUGUUGCGGCGAGUCAAUUUUUAUUCAAUAUGUUUCGCGUUCGGUCUCAGUGUUCUCUUAAUCCUAGCUGGAAGUCGGUAUACAGAUAACACAAUUUAUCGUCCAUCCUCUGAGAGCAGAAGGAAUAUAAAAAAUUUUUUGAAAGUCGAGGAUGGAGAAGACCAUUUACUGCCUGUACCUACGAAUCAAUAUGAUGGAUUAGCGGACACAGAAAAGUUGUUAGAAAACACUCGAAACAAAAUCAAAACAGCGCUCAUAAAUUACAAUUUCUCUUAUUCUGGUGUACAAAAAUUGGAAGAUUUACUCAUGGAACAAAAUGGACAACCGCUUAGAAGUGUAAUCGUUUCAACUUGGAGGUCAGGAACAACAUUUCUUGGAGAAGUAUUAAAUGCUAUGCCAGGUAAUUAUUACCAUUAUGAACCUCUUUUAAAAUAUGAGAUUAUACAGAUAAGAGGUCCUCCUCAUGCCGAAAAAGCUGUGAGCACUAUCAAGAAUAUGUUAAAAUGCAACUAUGAUGACAUGGAGGACUACUUCAGCUAUGGCAAAGGACAUGUUUUUCAAUUUAGCCAUAACACAAGACUAUGGGGCCACUGUAGAUAUAAGAGAGAGCUGUGUUUAGAUUCAGAAUUCACAGGAAGGUUUUGUAAAUUGUUUCCCUUCCAGAGUAUGAAACUUGUACGUUUGAGAUUACGUCUCAUUGAAGAGAUUUUGGAGGACAAAGAACUUAAUGUUAAAGUGAUAUUAUUGAUCCGCGAUCCUCGUGGUGUGAUGCAAUCAAGACAACAUCGUGACUUUUGUCAGCCCGCUCCAGACUGCUGGCGGCCGGAGCUCCUAUGUGCUGACAUGAUUAGUGAUUAUGUAGCUGCUGGUAGGCUGCUUCCAAAGUAUCCCGACAGACUAACUGUGCAAAGGUAUGAAGAGCUGGCGCUGAAUCCGAACAUGACCUCGUACAAACUGCUCAACUUCCUAGGUCUGAGUGUAAAUCCGUCAAUAGAAGAAUUCCUGCACUCCCAUACUAAUGUAGAGGCGGGUGGUGUUAGUUCCACCUUUAGGGUUUCCCGUGAUGUGCCUUUCAAAUGGAAAAACGUGUUGGAUUUUGAUUAUGUUGAAGAGAUACAAAUGUCGUGCAAGGAAGCGAUGGACUUAUGGGGUUACGAGUUGGCACAGAAUGCUACACAAAUGGCAAGCAAAGAAUUUAAUCCUCUGAAAUCAUACGAGAUCAUCCCGUGAUAUCACACCCUGUAGAAACAAAUUUUAUACUCGCAAUGAAAAAUGCGUGCUAAUGCAUUAUGCAUAUACGAUGUUCCAUAGUCUUACUUUAUCGCAUUGAAGAUUCGUUGCCUUCUAUGUAGAGUAAGUGAUGCAUUGCUAUUGCAAGAAUCAACACGGUACUU